AUGAAGCAAAUAGUACAUCUGAUUCAACAGGAUCUAUGCAUACCAAAAUACGCAGAAGAUUUUAGCACUUCUGACUUGACAGAAUUGGUAGAUAUGACAGAAGACAAUAUUAUUAUGUAUACUAAAGCUAGUUACAAAGACAUGUUUAAAAAAAUUGAAAAAAACAAAGAAUUAAGGAAUAAUUCACAGAGUUCUAAAAAUAAAAAAAGAAAGCAGGAAGAAAAUGAAGAGAAUGUUGUAGUAAAUCAAGGAGAAUCUUCAAAACCAUCUUCUGGCAUUAUAAAAACUACAGAUUUUGACAAGAUGAGAAUCGAUAAUCUCUUAAACUAA